AAGCGGAAACUAUUUGAACAAGUGCCGCUGCUGCAGCCGGAGCACCUCAGUUGUCUAUUUAAGCAGCAGGGCUCGAAUGGUCUUGGCCACGGAAUGACAUUAGAAGCUACUCACCAGAACACUAUGCGCUUUAUACUUGGCAUCUUCAUCCUUGUGAUCGUUCGUCUUGGCUCUGGGUUCCAGGUUCAAACGGAGCACUCGAUUGUGGAGGAAUGGAGCUGGCGGGAUAACCAGAGCAAUGGAGAUUCUGCUGGCUAUGAGUACUCCGAGUUGCUGGACAAAGACAUCGAUGAGGAGGAUGGUUACGACGACGAGGUGAAUGAGAUCAACCACAAUGGACAGCUGGAGGUUGCCGAGGAUGAGGAUGAGGAUAGCUGCGAGUACAGCUGUCCACGCUACUAUCGCCCCGUUUGCGUCCUUCGCAACGGUCAGCCGAUGACUUUUGCCACUCCCUGCGAGUUCUACAACGAGGUGCGCUGCGCUAGCGUCCAGCAGAGACGGGGUCAGCCGGUGCCUCACUUCCAGUUUCUGCACAAUGGUAGCUGCUAGCUCCCAGACUGCUG